UUCACAUCGCACUGACCAAACACUCACUGGAUUAGGAUGAUGAGGGCAGAACUGCCUUCAAACACAGAGUGUGCCUGAUUAUAGACCUGUACUUUGCAUUUCAUUUGGGUUUUCUAAUUAGAAAUCGAGUUUGUGGAUGCAUAAGUAAACGCGCUUUUUUACUUACACUUCACUGUGUUGACAUCGCGCGCGCACGGAAUCAAAUCUACACCCGCUGAGAUUUAUUUAACCAUCUUCUCCAGUCGGGAAAACGUCAGGGAGAGAAGGACAUGCUGAACAAUUUAAACUAAAGACUCAAUACUCAUUAGCAUAGUUUGGGAGAAAUCCACAGACGCUUCGGGAAGGGGAAAUAUUUCCUUUUUGCGAUUCCCGUUUCCUCCGCACAUUAGAUAGAUAGAGGGGGCUUCAGAAAUCCUGCUGGCUUCAAUUGAGAGGUUCAGCUGACUAAAGUUCUCAUUCUUUAAGUUGUUUGAGAUGGUUUGAGCUGUGAAACUCGACGCGGAAACAAGAGUUUUGCCUCAGCAAUCACGAAACACGAAUCAACUGAUAAGAGACAACGGCGCGGAUUUACAGAGGAAUUAUGACACCUUAUGACGGCCUAAACUGGGAUUCUUAGUCCUUUCUAUCCACUUUGAAAAUGGAAUUGUUUCGGAUGGGGCCGCUGAGGCUCACUCUUCUCGUUCUGCUGAGUGGUGUGUCAUUUGGAGUAGUUGAACUGGAGCCUGUGUCUGAAAACCAGCCUCAGUCUCCCAGUCCCCAUCCAUCUCAAAAGAACAUCACCCUGGCAGUUAUCCUGCCUCUCCACAACACUGAGUACCCUUGGGCUUGGCCCCGUGUAGGCCCUGCUCUGUAUUGGGCCCUGGAAAAGGUGAACUCUGACCCCAACCUGCUGGCAGGUUACCAUCUACAACUGGUUUUCAAUAGCAGCGAAAACAAGGAAGGAGUGUGUUCCGAUUCAGUGGCUCCACUUGUGGCUGUGGACCUGAAGUUCUCAUACAACCCCUGGGCCUUCAUCGGGCCAGGUUGUGACUACUCGUCGUCACCUGUGGCCCGUUUUACCACACACUGGGAGGUUCCAAUGAUCACCAGUGGGGCAAGAGCACUGGGUUUCAAUUUGUACUCUUCCAUUACCAACAUCGGCCCGACACACAAGAAGCUGGGCGAGUUUGUGCUCAGGAUGCACCGACAUUUUGGCUGGGACAAACACGCCAUGCUCAUGUUUAACGAUAAUAAAAAUGAUGACCGGCCAUGUUACUUUGCAGUGGAGGGGCCGUACACACAGAUGCGUGAAGACAACAUCACAGCAGAUGACUUGGUGUUUAAUGAGGAUGAAGAACCCCUACGUUAUGAUGAACUUCUCCGUGAUAUCAGCCACAAAGCCCGCGUGGUGUAUGUCUGCUGCAAGUGGGAGACGUUUCGCAAGUUGAUGGUGGAGUUCUGGAGGCAGGGUUUUCCUCAGGAGGAGUACGCUUUCUUCUUCAUCGACCUGUUUGGACGCAGUUUGCAGAGCCAUCCUGCCAGACCAUGGGCAAGAGGAGAUGCUGAUGACAAUGCAGCCAAAGAGGCCUUUAAAAGUGUGAAGAUCCUGACCUACAGAGAGCCUCAGAACCCAGAGUACAAGGACUUUGUUUCCAAGCUAAAGACUGAAGCCAUGGAUAUGUUUAACUUCAAUGUGGAAGAUUCUCUGAUGAAUCUGAUUUCUGGAUCCUUCCACGAUGGAGUCAUGCUUUAUUCUCAUGCCUUGAAUGAAACUAUGGAUCGGUCGGGUUCGAGACCUCCAGGAGACGUGGUCAAUAAGAGGAUGUGGAAUCGCACAUAUCAUGGUGUUACCGGACUUGUUCAGCUGGAUGAGAAUGGCGAUCGGGAGAUUGACUUUGCUCUAUGGGACAUGACCGACACGAAGACAGGAGAUUAUCAGAUUGUGUCAGUGUAUAACGGCAGUCAGAAGCAGAUGAUUUUGGAGCCAGGAAUGAAGGUGCACUGGCUGAAGGGAAGGCCGCCUCCAGAUAUUCCUGAGUGUGGCUUCAAAAAUGACAACCCUGCCUGUCUGGCAAAGACGGUCACCAUGCACCAGAUGAUCUCCAUAGUGGUGUGCUUCAUCUUCAUCAUCAUUGUUACAGUCACAGUCUUCAUAUACAGGAAGCUGAAGUUGGAGAAUGAGUUGACCGCUCAGCUGUGGCGUGUGCACUGGGAGGACAUCCAGAUGAGCAACAUGGAGAAGGUCCUGCGCAGAGCCUGCAGCAAACUCACCAUAUCCCUGAGAGGCUCUAACUACGGCUCACUGCUGACUAUGGAUGGAAACUUCCAGAUCUACGCCAAGACUGGCUACUACAAGGGAAACAUAACAGCCAUUAAGUAUGUCAACAAGAAACGCAUCGAGCUCACCAGGAAAGUGCUGUUUGAGCUCAAACAUAUGCGUGAUGUCCAGAAUGAGCACCUGACGCGCUUUAUCGGUGCAUGUAUCGACCCACCAAACAUCUGCAUCCUCACUGAGUACUGCCCUCGAGGAAGCUUACAGGAUCUGAUGGAGAGUGAAGGAAUCACGCUGGACUGGAUGUUUCGCUAUUCUCUCAUCAACGACAUUGUUAAGGGAAUGGCGUUCCUGCACAACAGCGUUAUCAUCUCCCACGGCAACUUGAAGUCUUCCAACUGCGUGGUGGACAGUCGCUUCGUACUGAAAAUUACCGAUUAUGGGCUGGAAAGUUUCCACAAGGACAGCAAUUUGGAUGACGUGCAUGCUUUCUAUGCACGUCAGCUGUGGACGGCCCCUGAGCUUCUGCGUGCUGAUAAUCCACCAGCGUGUGGGACACAGAAGGGUGAUGUCUACAGCUUCGGCAUCAUCCUGCAGGAGCUGGCUCUGCUGAAGGGCGUCUUCUACCUCGAGGGCCCCUGUCUCAGCCCUAAAGAGAUCAUCGAGCGUGUUGUGGAGGGCCGCUGGCCAUACCUGCGUCCUCUGCUGUGUUCUCAGAGUCACAGUGAAGAGAUGGGACAGUUGAUGCUGCGCUGCUGGUCAGAGGACGUCAACGAGAGGCCAGACUUCAGCCAGAUUAAAGUACUGCUCCGCAAGAACAACUGUGGAUACGGUUCUAAUAUUCUGGAUAACCUCCUGUCCCGUAUGGAGCAAUAUGCCAAUAACCUGGAGGAGCUGGUGGAGGAGAGGACACAGGCAUACCAUGAGGAGAAACGAAAAGCUGAAGCUCUGCUCUAUCAGAUUCUCCCACACUCAGUGGCCGAGCAGCUGAAGCGAGGAGAGAUGGUUCAGGCUGAAGCCUUUGACUCCGUCACCAUCUACUUCAGUGACAUCGUGGGCUUCACAGCAUUAUCCGCUGAAAGCACACCUAUGGAGGUGGUGACGCUGCUGAAUGAUCUUUACACUUGCUUUGAUGCAAUCAUUGACAAUUUCGACGUAUACAAGGUGGAGACCAUCGGCGAUGCGUAUAUGGUGGUGUCAGGUCUGCCCGUGAGGAACGGCAAACUGCACGCCCGUGAGAUCGCCCGCAUGUCUCUGGCUCUGCUGGAGGCCGUUCACUCAUUUAGAAUCCGCCACCGACCAAACCUGCAGCUCCGUCUGCGCAUCGGCAUCCACAGCGGUCCUGUGUGUGCGGGGGUGGUUGGUUUAAAGAUGCCUCGUUAUUGUUUGUUUGGUGAUACAGUCAACACAGCUUCGCGCAUGGAAUCCAAUGGAGAAGCUCUAAAGAUCCAUGUGUCAGAAGCCACACGGGCCGUCCUGCAGGAGUUCAACUGCUUCCAGCUGGAGCUCAGAGGAGAUGUGGAGAUGAAGGGAAAGGGUCGGAUGAGGACGUACUGGCUGCUAGGAGAAAUCAGCUCUAACAAUGCCUAAAAAAACUGAAUGACUUACUGACAGAAAGAGCAACAAAACAAACACAUCUAAACAAGUACUGGGACUGAAAGACCAGACCAGUAAUUCUUUAAAAAACUGGGUCCUGUUCAUCUGUCAUCACGCAGAGCUUAACAUUCUUGCUUUACAGGAAUAUCACUUUUUUUUUUUGCCAAGUAAACGCACGAGAAAAGAAACAGUACUUGAGCAGAAUCCUUUAGACAAAUGGAAGAUGGUAUAACACAGAGCCAGAUGAAGGUCUGAUGAGCGCAACCAGUGUUUUUACGGGUCUUGUAGGAGUUUUUGUUUCGUCAUCGUAGGUCUUCAUCCAGAUUUUCCGUCAGGAGUCCUUUGGGUAUGUUUAUUUUUCAUACAGAGACACAGAUCUGUAGUUUUUUUUUAGCCAUGCAAAAUGUUCUGGAUUCUUCUUCUGGGACGCAGGUCAAUUUGAAACUCUUUUCUCUGCCAAAUCUGAUCCAGAGGGUUUUGGGAUGAAAGUUACGCACAUUAGAAGAAAUAAUAAUACAUGUCAAGUAUGAUUAGACGUGUGCAAUGAUGGAUUUUGUUCUCAGAAUCCCUGCAGAAAUCCACACACGAGUAUUGAUGUUGCAAUAGUGUUUCAGCUGAAACCAGCACAGGCUUGAUUUUGUUUUUUGUUAAUAGACAAAUGGAGUUUUGUUUAGAUUUUUUUCCAUCCAUCAUUAUUAGAUUACGUUAAUGCUAGUGAUUAAUGAUAAAGGAUUAGUUCAAAAUUCUGUCAAUAAUUACUCAUCCUCAUGUUGUUCCAAACCCCAAGACCUUCAUUCAUCUUCAGAACACAAAUGAAGGUAUUUUGGAUGAAAUUUGAGAGCUCUCUUAUUCUCCAUAUGCAGCAAUGUUCCCGUCUCGUUCAAAGAAGCAAAAAACAUCAUCGAAACAGUCCAUGUGUCUUGAGUGGUUCAAUCAGAAUAUUAUGAAGCUAUAAGAAUACUUUCGUGCACAUAGAAAUAAAAAAUGUCUUCUUUUUUUCCUCAGUGUCAUUAUAAAGCCGCCUUUCCACUGCACAUGACAUUCGGACACGACUGUCAGAAUAUGCCCCCUUGUGGCAGUCGCACAGAAUACUCAGUUUUGUCAUGCACCAUAGGAAGCUGAUUCAAGUGGUGUCUAAAAUAAAGGAGUGCAAAAGCAAGAGCCUUUAUUCUCCGUGUGUUUACCAUGGUUGAAUUAAUGAAUGAAUGAAUACUAUAAACUCAUCAUAGACUGCUAAAAAUUUUGGAGGGAAUGUGGAAACAAGAUUAAAAAUAAUAAUAAUUGUAUUACUCAUUUAUGAAUUGAAAAGUUUUUUUUGAAAAGCUUUCUGAUUCCAAAAAUAACAAAAACUCCUAUUUCUUAUCUCUCCCGCUCGUACCUGCUUGGACAACACUAGAAUACAUCACAUCUGGCUGGUUGCAUACGGUCUAGUCGCAGGAGUUAUAUAAUAUUUCAAUGUAUCCGCAGCUCAAAUCCAAUACGAAUUUUCUGCAUACGGAGAUGAUCGGAACUCCACGCAGCUCCUGGACUAUUCUCUAUUGGAAAUGAAUCACUUUCGAUCUGCCGCUUGUGGUUUGUCGUGUGCAGUGGAAAGGCGGCUUAAGGCACUGAAAGCAUAAGCUCUGUUUUGAGGAUUGUUUUUGGUGUUUGAAUUUCGAACAUCCCAAGAUCGUUUCUGUCUAUGGAGGUCUUUGAUUUCAUCUAAAAUAUCUUCAUUUGUCUUCUGAAGACAAACAAAUGUCUCAGGACAUUGGGAUUAAUUACAAUUUCACUCUGAAAAGUUUGAGGUCAGUAAAAUUUUGUAAGUCAAUACAUUACAUCAGUAAAAGCUGGAAGUUUAUAUCA